GGUCUUUGAGGUUAGGUUAUAGAAUGUUACGAGUUUUAAAUUGUUUGAAGGGGCUGCAACUGGGGGCCGAGGCUUUGAGCCCUAAUCCUACCUUACAAACGGUGCGUUGGCGAAGGAAGCCCCGAUGGAUUCCAAAAGCCAGGUCGAAGUUGUUCAAAAUUCCAGAGAUCCCAAAAAUUCCGAAGGAAGAGAACGAUGAACUCGCAAGGCUAUUCAACAAUUAUAGAACCCAAAUGAAAUCGAUCCGGAGACAUUUCACCUACAAGUACUGCACGCACAUGCAGAAAACGGAGAAUCUUAAUCAGAAACUGGAAGAGGAAGCAGAUUUGAGGAGAUGCAUCGAGUUGAAUGAUAAAUGGAAUGUUGAAGUUAAGAAAACUCGAGAAGCUAGGAUUGCUGCUGACAUUGAGAAGGAAGUAGAAUUAGCUGAGGAUAGAGUUUUGGAGAGGCAACGGAUCAAUGCUGAGAAACUUGAAGAAGCUGAGAAAUUGGUUAGGGAGCAAAAGGCUGUGGCCCAUACAUUUAUCACUAGUGAAAAUAUUGAUGAGGCCAUUGACAAAGCAAUCAGCAAUGAGGUAGAUUACAACUUCUCCAUUGACUUAGAAGGAAACAAGUACAUGGGCAGAACAAAAAGUCCAGAUGAAGAAAAAAUAGCUGUUAAACAAUAAAUCAAAUGUAUUCUUAGUAAAUA